AUGAGUAGGGGCGGCGGGGGGCGAUGGGGUUCGGUGCAGGUGGAGGCGACGAUGGCGGCGGGCGCGGGUCGCGAUGGCCUUUGCGGCUUCUGGCACAGGGUGGAGGGCCCCGAGGAGCGUCGGCUGCUGGAGCUCUUCUCCUACGGGCUAAUAGCGCUGGGCGCCGUCUCCGCCCUGCUGCUCUGCUUCAUCCCCAUGCCCUACGGCCGGUACUCCACGCGGCGCUUCGGCUGGCUGCUGCCCGCCCGCGCUGCCUGGGCGCUGCAGGAGCUGCCCUCCCUCCUCGUCCCAAUCGGGCUCGCCGCCUGCGGUGGGGAGGCCAUCGCCGCCCGGGCCAACCGUGUCCUGCUGGGCUGCUUCGUCCUGCACUACACGCACAGGGCACUCAUAUUUCCUCUUCUGAUCCGUGAAGGAAAACCAACACCAUUUUUCACUUUUGUGUUAGCACUUCUGUUCUGUGUUUUCAAUGGAUACUUGCAGGGCCGAAGCUUAAGCAACUAUGCAACGUACCCUCCGGGCUGGUUGAAAGGUCCAUGCUUCAUUACGGGUUUUAUAGGGUGGUUGCUCGGCAUGGCAAUCAAUAUUCAUUCUGAUCAUAUUCUCAGAAAUCUGAGAAAACCAGGGGAAACUGGUUACAAGAUACCAAGAGGAGGAAUGUUUGAGUAUGUCAGUGGAGCCAACUUUUUUGGAGAGAUCUUGGAAUGGUUUGGGUUUGCCCUUGCCUGCUGCACCAUGGAAAGCCUUGCAUUUGCAUUGUGUACCCUUUUCAUCUUGGGUUCAAGGGCAAGGCAGCACCAUCAAUGGUACCUUGAGAAAUUUGAAGACUACCCAAAGGACAGAAAAAUUGUGAUCCCGUUUUUGUACUGAGCUGUGCUUUUAACACUGUCUGAGAUGGACGCUUUUAGUAACAGCUAACAUUUUACAGGUGGUGGCAAGUUAAAAACAUACUCUGAUCCUGACUGUGACAAAGCCUGUCCAUCAGUGCUGCUAUUACUUACUGCUUUUUCCUCUUAAUGGUAACCGAGAAUCUGAUGGACAUGGUGAAUAGGAUCAGAAAUGCUUUUCCAGCAGUGAAGCACCUUCAUAAACACCUUAGGCAAUGAGUCUGACUGCCUCUGCAGGCUUCUGCUGUUUCCACUCAAUCUUGUCAUGCUGUCCUGAGGAUUGUGCCGUGAGCUCAGUCGCUCUCACUGCAGUCUGGAUGGUGUAUUCUGCCUGUUAUUUGCCUGCAUACACAAAUAGGAUUGAUUUUAUUUUUUCUUCCUCACCUUUCUAAUCCCUUCUUCCUCCCGCCUGCAUUUUCAGGAGAGCUGAUGAUGCAGGCCAAGGAACUGAAUGUAGUUGCUGUUAGGUGAGAGGCAGUGUUCCUCCUCUUUGCAUUCUUGCAUACGGAUAUUGUAUAGAUAAUUGCAUACGGGAUGCUGUAUAGAUAAUAUUUAAUGCUAUUUACCUGUAAGUUCUAGGGCUGUCUUCCCCAAAUGAUAGAUUAAUAUUGUCAUCUACCUCUUAAAAGUAAUAGCUAUCUCAAUAUGCAGUAUGUGUCUUCUCACUCUAGACUAUUUUUCGAAGGCAUUCUUUACUUAGGAUACUUAGGGCAGUCUAGCACUAUUAAAAAAUGUGUAAUGUUUUCUAACUUAGUUUAUAAAAAAAAAACUUGGGAUUUUUACAAAAUUUUCUUACUAUGUUGUUUUAAAAAAAUCAAGUGUUUUCCGUCUUCUGUUGAUAACAUUCUAGGUGAUUUUAUAUUCUGGAAUAUUUUGUUUUACUUGUCAUGUAAAUGUCAAUGCUCAUACCCCAACAUUUUACUCAUGAAGGACUCCAGAGCACUUUCAAGAACAUGAUGGGAUUCCAAGCAUACAGACUUUCAUGUUUCAGGCACAUCUGUGUGCUUUGCAUGAUUGUGAUAAUAAAGAAUUUUUUAGAAUUUAGAAAUCCUAAGAAAAAACCCAACAGAACAUAAUUAAAAAAAAAUCCAACAAAAAAAGAAAACAAAACACAAAACCCAAAUUAUAGCAACUAUAAAAAAACCAAAAAAACCAACAAAUUAACAACAAGGAAAAAAAACUUCCACAAAAUCAAAAAAUUCUGCUGCUACUGUAAUGUGGAAAUAAAUGGAAAUCAAACUUUUGCCAUGUGUCUUCUGCUUUCUCUGCUCUUUAUGUUGGAUUGUGUUCUUCAGUACAAGUUGGUAAUAGAAUUUUGCCAGAUGCUGAGUUUUCUGAUAUGGUAUUGCAGUAAGAUUUGCCUAAAGCUCAAAAUUCUUUCUUUGCUGUUGAAUUACACUGCUCAAGUAAUCAAAGUAAUGUGUCUGAUGAAAUUUACCUUUAAAAUUUUAGAGAUUAAUUUUCUAACUUAGCUAGAGGUGAGCCCUUGGACUGCCGGUUACUCCUUGUAAUGUUGACUGAGGGGAUGAUUGUUGUGAUCUCAGCCAGCGUGCAAAAAGUUCAUCUUUGGGAGAACACAGGAAUACCCAUUCCUGGGUGCCAGUGUCAUUACUUGAUUCUCAAAUUGUUUAAUAAUUCCUUUAGUGUUUACAUGUUUCUUCAGUGUUUUACAGGAAGUUUGAGGCUUUCCCUGUUGUUUUUGUUAUCAUACUAGAAUUUAGCACUUUGAUCGUAGCUGUUUUGGUGAACAUUCAGUCAUGAUGUUCCUUGGACAGAGAAAGGAUAGUGAGGAGGAUGAGUUAUUCCUCAAUGCUAAAAUGGACUUAGUGGACAAUAAAACUUCAAGAGAAUAUGCUUUAAGUGAUCCUAAAGAGAAUUUUAGAAACCUAAUCUUAUAUAUCAGGAUAUUUCUAAACACUGUCACAUUGCUGUAGCAGUUUUUAAAAUUUUGCUGUCUAAAUCAUCAACUGUUUUAGUUGGGAAAAAAACCAGGAUUCAAAGAGCACUAUCUCCUCAAAGUGUUUUAUUACUAAUUCACCAUGAACUAUGGAAUUAUCUUGUACCUUCAGGGAUAUUUGUUAAAAAACCACUAAUGGACAACCUACCAACCCCAAACAAUCUGGCUGCAGCACUUUAGUCUCUAAUACAUUCUUUUUUAGCUUUUAUGAAAAGGCAAAGCUUCUUAUUGUAGUAAACAGCAAGAGAAAGGUUUCUGUGUUCACUUUGUCUCCUAUUCAAGAUCUAGCUCUAUAUAGUCAGUAGUCUUUUAUCAUAGUUCACAGAAAAUUUGUACUGGUGCCUCAGUUUUGUUCUGCUACUAUGCUGCUAAAUACUUCUCUUGGCUAGAAGUUCAUCUCCUUUGCUCACAUAAUGUUAAUUUAUGAUUUGCUUAUAGUGGGAUGGAGUUCUGAAAUGUGAUGGUCAGACAGCUUAUCCUUGUUCCUUCUCUUCUUACAGAAAAGGAAAAGCUAAGAUCUAAGGGAUGUGAAUGUCAGUGUGCUUAGAAAUUCUAGCCAAUUGGAUUAACAACAAAAUCAAACCACACUGUUUUGGUUUUUGUGUGAUUAUAUUUAUUAUUCUCACUAUUAGAACCUUCCCUAAGUAAAGUGCAGAUUUUAUUUGAGGCGGUUUAUUAGAGCACAAGUCUUACGAGGAGCAGCUGAGGAAGCUGGCGUUGUUUAGCCUGGAGAAAAGGAUGUUUAGGGGAAUCUUAAUGCUCUCUACAACUACCUGAAAGGAGGUUGUAGCCAGGCGGGAUGUUGGGGUCUUCUACCAGGUAACAAGUAACAAAAUGAGAGGAAAUGGCCUCAUGCUGUGCUGGGGAGGUUUAGAUUGGAUAUUGGGAAAAAUUUCUUCAUUCAAAGGGAAAUAUUGGAACAGGCUACUCAGGGAAGUGGUGGAGUCAUCAUCCCUGGAGAUAUUGAAAAGAUAUGUAGUUGUUGCAAUUUAGGGAUAUAAUUUACUGGUGGACUUGGCAGUGCUGGGUUAGAGGCUGGACUGAGUGAUCUUAGGGUUCUUUUCCAACCUAAAUGACUCUGAUUCUUGCAUUUCAAGACCCAGGUACAUUGGUAAAAGCAAAUGAUCAAUGGUCAAAUGCUAGAACUGCCUUUUGUUUAAACAAUAUCCCACUUAUUUGUCAUAUUUCACUUGUGAUCCCCUUUCAGCAGCUUUGACAGAAUUUUUUUUGUUGCAAAAUAUCUUAAUACCAAAAAAUUUUUUUUAAGAAUAUAUAGUGUGAAAAUAAACUGUUCAGCCCAUUCCAGAGGGAGAAAACAUGCAUGUUUGCUAUUGGGUAUAAUAUCUACAGUGAUUUUUUUUUUCUUUUAAGAGAGACUUCUAGUCAGAUUGCCUACCCCUAAUAAAAUAUUAUUUGUGGUGUCUUGCUUGAAUACCUUUCUUUUCUUGUUAGUAAUUCUUGCUCUAACUUGUGGAGGUUGAUGAAGGCUUUUGUACCAGCAGUUUCAUUAUCCCAGUUGAGAUCUUGGGGACUGUAAUAAUAAGGUUGGAUUAGAAUCCCCUAGAUGCAUAUGUGAACUGUACCAGAUGUACUUGAAACAAUUACUAAAAGUUACAAAAUAAA